UGUCUGUAAUUGGAGACGUGAUAGGCUGAUAGCCCAAUAGGAGAUGGCAGCCAGUUCCUGCCUCCUCUCUAUCCAGGCAGACCAGAAGUCAGCCAGCUCCAGACACAGCACAAGCACCAUGCCCAUGACUCUGGGUUACUGGGACAUCCGUGGGCUAGCUCACUCUAUCCGCCUGCUCCUGGAAUACACAGACUCCAGCUAUGAGGAGAAGACAUACACCAUGGGGGACGCUCCCGACUAUGACAAAAGCCAGUGGCUGAAUGAGAAAUUCAAGUUGGGACUGGACUUUCCCAAUCUGCCCUACUUAAUUGAUGGGCCACACAAGAUCACCCAGAGCAAUGCCAUCCUGCAUUACAUUGCCCGCAAGCACAACAUGUGUGGGGAGACAGAAGAGGAGAAGAUCCGUGUGGAUAUUUUGGAGAACCAGGUCAUGGACACCCGCCUACAGAUGGGCAUGCUCUGCUACAGCCCUGACUUUGAGAAACAGAAGCCAGAGUACUUACAGGGCCUCCCUGAGAAGAUGAGGCUCUACUCAGAGUUCCUGGGAAAGCGGCCAUGGUUUGCAGGGGACAAGAUCACCUUUGUGGAUUUCCUCGCUUAUGAUACUCUUGACCAGCAACGAAUAUUUGAACCCAAGUGCCUGGAUGCGUUCCUGAACUUGAAGGACUUCAUGGCCCGUUUUGAGGGCCUGAAGAAGAUAUCUGCCUACAUGGAGACCAGUCGCUUCCUCCCAAAACCAUUCUAUUCAAAGAUGGCUUUUUGGAACCCAAAAUAGGACUACAAUGCCAAGACCUGGAUGGGAGAGUCAUGCAACUCCUGCUGGCCCUCUGGUCCUUGGGUACAGCUGGGUCUCUGCACCCAGCCCAAGAGGUUUUCCCUCCUUUCCAUUCCCCUUUCCUCCAUUUCUUCUUUCCAUCCCCCACCUCAGCCACUGUCUGCUCACCUCAGCUCCCUGUUUCUUCAGUAAAGUCUCCUCUUCCCUUUUCUUGUUUCUUCCCUACAUCCUCCCUACUUCCAGAUAGCUCUUUGCUCUCCUUGAAGAACUAUACCUGAGCCCAUACUCCCCAGUACAGCCCAAGAGACCAGACAUGCCCGUGUGUAGGCCCUGGUCCCCAGGGUGGGACAACCCAGCCCUGUCUGUCCCAAUAAAGUCUGAACCACAUUU